GAACGGCAGUUUCAGCCACAGGCAGAAUCACUUGUCCCACCACCUGAAAUUCGCCCCGCCUGCAGCUUGCCAGGUGCCAUUUCCAAAAAUCAGGUACCUACCAAGUACUCCGAGGACCAGGGCAUACAGAUUGCACUAGAGAUUGCACUAGGGCACCACGAGCUUGGGUUCAAACAUCCCAAUUCGGCAAGAGGGUGUGCGCUCACUACAAACCCGUGAUCUGUCUUUUGCCGGUCCCAGAUCAUUCACUAAACCAAAUCGCCGAAGCCUGCCAUGGAGGCCGAGAUCCGCGCCGUGCUCCCGAACAUCGACCCGGUGAUUUCGGAGUACUCGGCCGGCUACCUCACCCAUGCCUCCACCGCAUGGGCCGGUGACGAGGAUGCCUCCGGGCGGUCCCCGCUCGACGAGGCCGCAGCUACCAUCACGGAGCUGCUCCUCUCGGCUUCCGGGAACGCCGGCGCUGCCACCCACGACAAGAUUCGCAGCCUGGUCGAGAAGUGGGUAGACAAGUACGCUGCCGCCAGCAACAGCGAGGAGCGGAGGGGCCCGGCUGUCAGGCGUCUCGACCAGACCAUCCAGGUGAGCGCUCAGAGGAACAUCUCCUCGACCUUGGCCGUCGCCACCGGCUCGGUCGACCUCGAGUCGGCCAAUACCCGAAAGGUCGAGUCCAAGGUCGACAAGAGGAAGCUCGAGAAGGCCGAGCGCAAGAUCGCCGCCAAGCAGAAGAAGAAGACCUUCAAGACCGUCGAGUAUGAGGCUUCGCGCCUGCUCAACCAGCCAGACCCGACUCAGUCGUACGAGGAGUUCUACAUGGCUGUCAACCCCCUGCAGAUGGGUAGCCAGGGAGGAAAGUCCAAGGACAUCAAGAUUGACAACUUCGACGUGUCGAUCGGAGGAAAUAGGAUUUUGACAGACACCAGCCUUACUCUUUCUCACGGCCAUCGUUACGGCCUCGUUGGUCACAACGGUGUCGGCAAGUCGACUCUCCUCAGGGCUUUGUCCCGAAGAGAAGUGCCCAUCCCCACACACAUCUCUAUCCUUCACGUCGAGCAAGAGAUCACCGGUGACGAUACUCCGGCACUCCAGGCGGUCCUGGACGCCGAUGUCUGGCGCAAGGUGCUGCUCAAAGAGCAAGCGGAAAUCACCCAAAAGCUGGCGGAUAUCGAGGCUCAGCGAGCGUCGAUGGCCGACACGUCAACCGACGCUCUCAGGCUCGACAAGGAGCGCGAGGCCCAAGAUCAGCGCCUCGGAGACAUCCAGGCCAAGCUCGCCGAAAUGGAGUCCGACAAGGCGGAAUCCAGGGCUGCCAGUAUUCUGGCAGGUCUCGGCUUCUCGCCCGAGCGGCAGCAAUACGCGACCAAGACCUUCUCUGGUGGCUGGAGGAUGCGUCUCGCCCUUGCGCGCGCCCUGUUUUGCGAGCCCGACCUGCUGCUUCUCGACGAACCUUCCAACAUGUUGGACGUUCCCUCGAUCACCUUCCUUUCUAAUUACCUGCAAAGCUACCCUAGCACCGUUCUCGUCGUGUCUCACGACAGGGCGUUCCUGAACGAAGUCGCCACCGACAUCAUCCACCAACAUUCUCAGCGGCUCGACUACUACCGCGGCGCCAACUUUGACUCCUUCUAUGCCACCAGGGAGGAGCGGAAGAAGACGGCCAAGAGGGAGUACGAGAACCAGAUGGCGCAGCGUGCCCAUCUCCAAGCAUUCAUCGACAAGUUCCGUUACAACGCGGCCAAGUCGUCAGAGGCCCAGUCCCGCAUCAAGAAGCUGGAGCGCAUGCCGGUCCUGGAGCCGCCAGAGACCGAGUACAGCGUGCGUUUCAAGUUCCCAGAAGUCGAAAAGCUCUCGCCGCCCAUCGUCCAGAUGUCCGGUGUCACGUUUGGCUACACAAGGGACAAGAUCCUGCUCAGGAACGUCGACCUCGACGUCCAGCUCGACUCGCGCAUUGGCAUCGUCGGGCCCAACGGGGCGGGCAAGACCACAGUGCUCAAGCUUCUCAUUGGUAAAUUGCAGCCGACGAGCGGCACCAUCUCGCAGCACCCCCGCCUGCGCAUCGGCUACUUCGCUCAGCAUCACGUGGACGCGCUCGACCUCAACGCGAGCGCCGUCAGCUUCAUGGCCAAGAACUACCCGGGUAAGACGGACGAGGAGUACCGCCGGCAGCUGGGCGCCUUUGGCAUCACGGGCACUACGGGCCUGCAGAAGAUGGCGCUCCUGUCCGGUGGUCAGAAGUCCCGUGUCGCGUUUGCCUGUCUGGCCCUUACCAAUCCCCACAUCCUGGUCAUGGACGAGCCGUCCAACCACCUGGAUAUCGAAGCCAUGGACGCCUUGGCCGACGCCCUCAAGGAGUUCCAGGGCGGCGUCUUGAUUGUGUCCCACGACGUGACCUUGCUGCAGACGGUGUGCACCUCGCUGUGGGUGUGUGAAAACGGCACGGUGGAGAAGUUCCCGGGCGACGUGCAGGCCUACAAGAAGAGGAUCUCAGCGCAGGCUGACGCGGCGGGUGUGGUCAAGGCUCAUUAAUCGAGAACAUAUAUGGUAGUAUGUACAUGGUCUGCAAUAGCAGCGCUUUGGUGGGGUUAGCAUUAUGGCCGUCGAG